AUGGCAGAGCCAAGCACAAUAACGACUCAAAAUGAAACUAAAGAAAAAGAACCAGAACCAGAAUUGACUAGCAAGGAUUAUUAUUUUGACUCAUAUGCACAUUUUGGCAUUCAUGAGGAAAUGCUUAAAGAUGAAGUUAGAACACUCUCAUACCGUACAGCAAUUUAUCAAAAUAAACAUUUGUUUAAAGAUAAAAUUGUAUUAGAUGUAGGGAGUGGUACUGGAAUCUUGUCAAUGUUUGCAGCAAAAGCUGGUGCCAAACAUGUUUAUGGAGUAACACGACAAAUAGUUGCAGAGAACAAAUUAGAUGAUAGUACGAAUUUACUAGCAUGA